CUGAUCUCGGGAUCUUCGACUCUCCUUCUUCCUCGGGGACUUUUUUUUUUUUACUUUGUUUGACCUUUGGUUAGGUUCAACUGAUCUUUAUAUGUAUAACCUCAGUAAGUUAAUAUCUUGCCUAUCCUCGGUCUCUCUUAACCCUAGCACGAGAGCGUCUAGGUUCUUGCGUCAGAACGCUCCAAGAAUCAUUCAAUCUUAUAGAAACCGAGCAUUCUCCGGGAGCUCAGGGUUCGAUGGAUUCGGAGACGACGACAACGGUUGGGACAUCCCAACGGGAGAAGACUCGUCAGGUGGUGGCACAGGAUCCGAUGGUCUUGGUUGGGACAACAAGUCAAUGUGGUCGACUGGUUUCACCACAGAACACUUCGAUGGUGUCUCCGUUGGACGCAAGAAAGACACGAACCCUUCUUCCUCCGACAACACCGGUUCUGACUCAGGUGACGUGAUGAGCAAGUUGGGACCGAGAGAAGUGGCUAUGGUUAACGAGAUGAACGAGUACGAUGACUUGCUAAAAGAGAUUGACCAAGAUAACAAAGAGAGCAGGGCUUUUGUCGAUGGGAUCAAAAAUAGGAUGAUGGAGAUUAGCGUGUUGCUGAAGCAAGUGAGAGAGCCUGGAGCUAGAGGGUCUUAUCUUAAGGACUCUGAGAAGACUGAGAUGUAUAGGUUGCAUAAAGAGAAUCCUGAGGUGUAUACCGUUGAGAGGCUUGCUAAGGAUUAUAGGAUCAUGAGGCAGCGUGUUCACGCCAUUCUUUUUCUUAAAGAAGAUGAAGAAGAAGAGGAGAGAAAGCUUGGUCGUCCCUUGGAUGAUUCUGUUGAGCGUUUGCUUGAUGAGUACCCUGAGUUCUUUGUUUCGCAUGACCGGGAGUUUCAUGUGGCCUCACUCAAGUACAAGCCCGGCUUCAAGGUCAUGCCAGAAGGAUGGGAGGGUACAACCAAGGAUAUAGAUGAAGUCCAUUAUGAGAUCUCAAAGAAAGAAGAUGACAUGCUUUAUGAAGAAUUCGUGCAGAGGUUUGAAUUCAACAAAAUGAAAUGGAGAGGAGAAGUGAAGUGCCACAAGUACAGCAGACGACGUUCAACAGAUGGGUGGAAAAUCACGAUUGAGAAAUUGGGUCCUAGAGGAAAACGUGGAGCCGGAGGUGGCUGGAAGUUUGUGAGUCUUCCAGAUGGAUCAAGCCGGCCGCUCAACGAGAUGGAGAAGGUUUACGUUAAGCGAGAAACCCCGCGUCGUCGCCGCAAGAUCCUGGCAGUUUCCAAAGGAACUAUAUCAAAAGCCUGCAAAGCAAAGAAGUAUAUUACAAAAAGAAUAGAGAAGUAUCCUUGCAAAAAACGAAGGCCUAAUUACUUCUUUAAGAUAUGGAAAAAGAAUGUGCCACCACAGAAUAGAAAAGGUUAAUAAACAUUUUUUAAAAAAUUUAGAGAUCUAUACCUAUAUAUAUAUUUUACUUCUUAAAAUUUUGGGAAUUAAAGCCAAAAUUUCAUAGGGUUGUACUGGCCUUGAAAAGGUCACAAGAAG